GCGUGAUCGCAUUGUCAUUCUUCGGAAGACUUUAGAGGCAAAGGGUUAACAGACAACAAUCAGUCGUGAUCCAGUGCUUUACAAAAGAAAGUUUGAUCAAAACGAUGGACGGCCACGCUGAAACAAACGAUGAAUCUGGUUUAGAGUUACUUGUUAAAGCUUCAAGUGAUGGAAAAGGUCUAGGGGACUGUAUACAGUGUCAUAGAUUGAUGAUGUUCCUGGCAUUGAAGGGGGUAGAUGCCAAAGUCACAACCAUUGACUUGGUGAGAAAGCCAACCUUUUUUAAAGAAAAUUACUCAGGUAUGAAGUUACCUUGUCUUUCUCAUGAUUUACCUGACGGUAAAAAGAUAAUCAUAGAUGAUGCAGCUGAAAUAGAAGACCAUCUUGAGCAGCAUUUUCCAGAACCAAAGUUAAAAUUUGGUUCAGGGGAAAAUGACGGAGGUGCAACAAAGGCAGAAGGGAGGAUAUUCCAGAAAUUUUCUGCUUGCAUGCGGAACAAGGAUGCAGAUGUAGAUGAAAAGUUGAAAGGUUUCUUGUUGGAUGAAUUGAGUCGUUUGAAUACAUUUUUAGGAUCAAGCACAAAAAUACCAGGAAGGUUUCUUGCAGGAGAUUCCAUGACACAGCCAGAUUGUGUGUUGUUGCCAAAGCUUCAUCAGCUUAGAGUUGCAUUAAAAUUUUACAAAGACUUUGAAAUUCCAGAGAAAUAUGAAAAGCUAAUUGCUUAUUUAAAUGCUGCAGAAGAAGAGGAAAUAUUCACAGGGACAAGGUGCGACGCUGAUGAAGUACUUUUGUUUUGGAGUACUCAUGGAGAUCAGAAAAAGGCUCAGCAAUUUUUGAGAACUAGAUCUGGCUCAAUUCACAAAUAGACUUCUUCUCUCAUCAUCAAAACAUCGUGGCAUUGGCUUUUUCUGCCGUUCACCAGCAUGUUGUUUAGAAAGUUUGGUAUGCUGACUUUGAUUAGUGUUUUUGAUUAAAUGUCAAUUGCUAGAGUAUUCAAGCAUGUGUUCUUUUAACAUUAUUACUUAUAUUAGUGGAAAGUAUGUGAUUCAUUGAUCCAAAUUGCCAUAAGUGACUGAAGAAAGUACCCAAUAUUAUAUGUUAUAGUUCAAACAUUAAAGAAAUCAGUAUUAUUGCUUUCAUUUUCCAGUUUCAGUUGAAGUAUAUUUAUUAAAGUAUUUUUAAACACUCAUUAAAAAUAAUGUUUUAGAAGGCAAGUGUGCAUUCCAUGGGAACCUAACACCAAAGUUAUGAUGUGGCAGUUGAUGCAAAAAAGUUCCACCAUUACACUUAAAUAAAUGCAUGCAUGCCACUAUGCCAGCAAGAAUCUUAACUGGAUUCUGGAAAUCUUUGGGUCUAUUCACAUAGAAAGCACACUGUAAGGACCGUUCACACAAGGUGUCUGAGCAAAAUGGUGUUGGGCUUGGUGAAUCCAGACAAAUUCAGACCAAGGGAAGACCUCCAGAUAUUCAGAUUUUAAAAUAAAAAUUUUUUCCAUUCAAUUGUUGUUUGGGAACUCUCUGACUACAGGGAUUGGAAGAGAUUCUGGCAGGUAAUGCAAAACGAAGGAGGGAAGCUCUGAAUUGAUCUUUUUGCUGGACAUCCUUGUGCAUGGUCCCAUAGAGCCACAGGCCUCUCACUGGAAUUUCCUCAAGUACCCAUGUUCUCCUCGGUUAUUGCCUGACAGGCUAUUGGGAGCUUAACCACCAGAAAAACCAACUAGGUCUUUUCUUUCCGAAGAUAUGGGAUGUCAUGUAAUUUAGCAUCAAAAAUUGGUUGCCCUAAUUAAAUGGUAUAAUUUUUUGGCCUUCCUUUACUUUACUCUUUUGUAAAAACUGGCAUUUUUAGAAAAAUUGAAAAUUUAGCAAAGUGAAAAUGGAUGAAAAACAAAGGCAAAAUAUGCCCCUUUAUUCAACAGAGCAAUAUAAAAAGGAAAACAUGUUUAGAAAAUGGAUAAAAAUGCAAAUGGAGCCAAAAAAUGGAAAAAAUGUCACAUUACAAUCCAUAUGGUUUAGAAUUCAGUAGUAAAGGAAUGAUGUUCCAACACUUAAUUUGGGUAUUAGGGCAUAAAAUUGGAAUUAGAAGAAGGAAUACAAAAGGCAUACAACUCUGUAAUCAUACUUAUGGAAAGCCUGUUAGAUUUUUCACAACCUUGACCAGUUUAGUGAAAGGCCUCUCUUCUAUGUUAAUACAUAUUAAAAACAAGACAAUUUUUCUAUGUAGAAAAUGAUGAUAGUUAACUUACAUUUUAGCAUCUUAUUUUAUGUUUGUAUUUGUAUAGUUUAUUUAUUCAAAGAUUUGCUUGCCUUA